AUGUCGGCUGUAACGCCCCCAGAUCCACUACCACCGGACGAAAAUGUCGGUCCCAUACUGCUCGGAGUCUCUAAAUGGGACGACUACACCAUGAUCAUUGUCACCUUUCUCGGAAUCGCUCGAUAUGCAACCCAGGUCGCCCAGAUCAGCAUUGGAAACGGCCGACACAGAUGGUACAUCUCCAAGGAGAAUUACGUACGAAACAAUAUGCUCGGAUGGGUCGCCCAGAUUUUACUCUUCGCCAGCAUCUGUCUCCUAAAAGUCUCUAUUCUGCUGCUACUGCUACGGAUCAAGAACUCGAGGGGGUUGAGAUGGUCCGCUUGGGCGGUCAUGGCGGGCUUGGUUGUCACCAACUUCGGAUGCAUCAUCAUUCUUCUCGCUGAAUGCAACCCCGUGGAAGCGUACUGGACAGGUUCCGGGAAAUGCUGGGAUGCACGGGUUCGCAUCUACGCCAUCUAUUUGACCAUCGGUAUGUCUUGCUUACUGACAUGCAUGAUCGACAGUGCUACCGGCUUUGGCAUUGCACGCGCAGCUUCUCUGGGCAUUAAAACAUCAGACCUCAGUUGGGUCUAUGCCAUCACGGCCAUCUGGUCCAACCUCGAGUUGUACCUGGGCAUCGUUGGCGCGAACCUCGCCCUAAGUCGAUCGAUAUACGGAUUCUUCUUUAACAAGAACAAGUCCAAUGUGCCAUCCUCGUACGCCCAAUCUGGGUCCAACUUGGCAUAUAACAACAGCGGGUUCCGCCAUGAUACCUUCCCCCGAUCGCCACGAGCACCGUCCCCAUCACGAAGUGAUAAUAGUGAUAUACCACUAGAGCCGAGAACUAAGAUGCAAAGCAAUAUCUGGGUUACAGAGGAGGGCAGUAAAGAGUCAAUUGGUAGAGCUACUUGA